AUGGAGAGUACUUGGUUACUAUCAUCUGUCACACUCGCUGGGAUCUGGAACGGACACGAUGGAGCUAAGCUUCUGCAGCAAAACUCCGAUCUCCAGGUGCGUUCACUGAUCGACCUCCGCAACGGUGUGGGAGAAGACGAUGACGGUGUUGCUCUCUGCAACCUCUCUAGCACUGAGAUCUUCUCCAGCUGUUUGGAGUUCAACUUUCUGUCAGAUGCCGCUAUCACGAAGUCGGACUGGGGCUGCAGGAACCUCAGCCUUAAUCAAGUCCGUCAAGCUUCUGUGGAGGCAGCCGCUUGCUUCCAGCUGGCGCUUCAGAUCUGAGAGGUAUGAGACCUUCUUUGCAGGUGUUUACGUAUCUGUAUUAUUUCGAUCGCCUAUAACUAUGAUUUUGAUUUCGUAUGUGUUUUCCGUAUGAUGUUUAGGGAUGUGUAUUUUGAUCGCCUGCUAUAACUAUGAUCUCGUAUGUGUUUUUGUAAUGUUUCGUUCAAUAUUAUAAUAUGCUUCUAUGAUUUACAACUUAAUAGAACCAUAUAACAGCUUCAACAGUUAUUCAGAAUCAAGUUAAAAAAGUUUUUUAUAUUUUUUCUGCUAAAAAAAAUCAAGUUAAAAGGUGUUCUUAACGUUCCCAGACUAGAUUGCAUGAACUUUGAUGAUGACUUGUAAUGCAAGGAAAGACGAGUGUUCUCAUGAUCAAUGAUCAAGUCCUAUAAGCUAUGUUGUAACUCCUCUGCUUUUAUACCGCAAAGAUAAAGCUUCUUAUACAAGUUAACAUGAAACAGUUUUGCCAUCUAAAAUUCA